AUGGCGCCAACGGUGUCCUCUUCCAGGACACAAUUGUCUUACCCACUCUACGCUGCCGACUUUGACCCUCUCAACCCGGAUUUUCUACUCGUUGGUGGAGGUGGAGGCUCUUCAUCUACUGGCGUUCCCAACAAAAUCUCCCUACUCGAUACGUCGCAAAGGAAACAGCUGAAAGAGGUUAUUGACAUUCAACUCCCGAGCGAUGAAGACUCCGUUACAAGCCUGGCUGUUGCCGAGUCAUCUCCAACGGCGCUCACAGCCUUUGCUGGCAUCAACAGCUCUGUUGCCGACCAGAAUGCGGGAAAGAACGAACACCUGAGGUCCUUCAAGAUUGGGUUGCCCGCAAGGAAAAGGAGGGCAGAUGGCAGUGCGGUCGACGAAGACGCGGAGAAGCCUUCGGCCUCUACACCGGCUUCACAGCCACUAGGUCGGACGGCGCUUUUCAAAUCUGCAACCACCACCAAGAACGAGACAUAUCAAAGAGUCUUACGGUUUUCACCCACCAAAAAGCCUGGCAAAUCUCGGCUCGCAGCGAUCGCGUCUGGACUCGCUCCUACCAAUGAAGUCAUUGUGUUUCACCCGAACUCAAAACCCGGCUCGAAUGAUGUGGUUUCUCGCAUCGAGCUUGGUAACCGUGAGGCAGGGGACGUGGAUCUGGCAGUCGAAGACGACGAGAAGAGUGACUAUCUGCUCGCAUAUUGCACAGAUGAUGAAGUGUUUUUGCAGCAGCUCUCUGGCUCAUCAAAGCCUGAUGCGCCAACGUCUCUCUUCCGCGCCGCUGAAAUCUCCACCUCACUGCCCUCCUCACAAAGACCUAAAUUUCGAGCCUUACGCUUUCUGACCCCUCGCCAUCUGCUGCUUCUUAGGAAUCGCCCGUCGCGGACUGGAGCAGAUCUAUUGGUCCUUCGAGUCAGUCAAGAUUUUUCGCAGGCCCGCAUAUCCCUACGGAAACAACUCAAUAAGUCUAUUAGAGCGGCGGUUGGGCUGGAUGUGUGCAGCCUGACAGAAUCGGAACAAGGCGACAAGCAGUUCGUGAUCGCCGUCGCAGGACAGUCUGGAGAUGACAGCUCGAUAGAAAUAUUGGCGCUCGACUUUUCGCGAGAGGCUGGAUUGGGAGUUUUCAGGUCAUACGCCUUCAUCAAAGGCGUUCACAAUGGGCCCCUCACUCGUCUUGUCUUGUCCAACUUUACCGGGCCAACUCCCGCGGCCGCCGAUACAGCUGGGCCUCAAUUCGCUCGCCUGGCCUCUGUAGGCGUCGACAAAUUUGUUGUGGUCCAUUACCUCCCUCUCCGUCCGUUCGUCCCACCGUCAGCCAAGACUCCACGAUAUGUGCUCGUUCCUCCAGGGCGUUCUGAAGCAGUGCAAACAUCAUUCAGUGUUUUCUUCGCCCUUGUGGUCGUCGGCUUGGUGGCAUUCCUCAUGCAGGCAUUCUGCGAGAUCCGUGGCGUUGUGCCACCAGUCCUGGGGGCGCCGAAUUGGUUGUCACCGCGGAUGCGCGAACUUGUCGCCCAGCCUUAUAUUCUCGCGGACCAGAUGAGUUCGGUCGGGUCAGAGGUCCCCGUCGCGGCUCACAGUGCCACAGAACAGCUCAAAAGCUCCGUGGACGAAAUGACCUCGACCCUCUCCUCGGCCGUGUCAUCGGCCACAGAUUCUCUGAAGAAUCUCGUCGAGGAAAACUCCAACCUGGAAACCCCCAAAGCCAUCAUCGUGCGGGAGGAGAGCCUAGGCGAAAUCUCGACCGAGAUUCUCCAGUCGGACGCCGAAGUCGUGAAACAGGAGACACUGAAGAAAUGGGAGGAGCUGAGCGAGGCACAGAAGAAGGGGUGGAAGCGCAGGCUGAUCAACGCGGGCCACUGGGCCGAACACCAGGGCGAGACUGUGCUCAAGGGCAUCUUGUUCUCGGAACUGGCCGGGGCCGUUGGGAAUAUGGUUGGUGGAGGUUAA